AUGGAGAAGUCUAAAAACUUUCGCAUCGACGCGCUCUUGGCCCAUGACGCAGACAGCGACGGAGGCUCCCCGGGAAGGUACAGCAGCAGCACCACCAGCAGCAGCCCCCUGUCCCAGCGGGGCUCAGACACUCCAUCCCCGCCCUCACAUCCACAGAACACCCGGCCCCUCCAGCCCAGAGCCCUGUCCACCAAACACCCGCUCCUCAGCCUGCCCCAACCUGCGCUCACGCACCUUCCACACGGGGCAGGUAUGCUCGGAGUGCACCCAGCAUCCAUGUAUCCUCUGGCGGCUUUGGGAGGACAGCACCCCGCCUUUCUCUACCCAGGCUUCGCGGGCCUCAUGCAUCCGUACGCAGAGCAUCUCAAAGGUGCCUCAAUGAGCGGAGGGGUGGCGCUGGAGCCCUGGAUCAGAGCCGGGAUGAUGAUGCCCAGACUGGGAGAGUAUGGAGCCCAGGCUCAGACAGGACUGCUGGGUAAAUGCAGACGGCCCAGGACGGCGUUCACCAGUCAGCAGCUGUUGGAGUUAGAGAACCAGUUCAAACUCAACAAGUAUCUGUCCCGACCCAAACGCUUUGAGGUGGCCACAUCUCUCAUGCUCACAGAAACUCAGGUAAAAAUCUGGUUCCAGAAUAGACGCAUGAAGUGGAAGCGCAGCCGCAAAGCUAAAGAACAGCAGGGAAACGCUCUGAACAAUGAUAUCCGCUGCUCCAGCAAGUCUCAGGGCGACUUGCACCACUCCAAUAUCCACGACGAUGACGAGGAGGAGGAGGACCCAGAGGAGGAAGAGGGGAAAGAGGAACUCCAAGCACUGAGGCCAACGCUCUCCAGACACACGCUGGAAAGCUACAGUUCGUAUUCUGAGGAGGAGGUGGAGGAGAGCGACCCGAGAACAAGGAACGAUGCCUUCCCAUAG